AUGUACUUUGACCUGGAGAACGCAGCGGAAGCUGAGGAAGACUUCUUCACAGCGCUUGCUCUUCUCCAUUCGACGGAUGAGGAUUCGGCGGACAAAUUGCGCCAGAUGCUGGACGCCUCGAUAGUGAAAAAACACGGUCUGGACAAGAGCCUGGCAGUCAGGAUGCGGCGGGAUUCGUUAUCUCUGUUUUCGGAAGAGACGUGUAAGAAUACCAACGAACGGGAUAUCAAUAUUGACGGAUCGAACGGGAAGGGUCAUGCUUUUCGGAGGAACGUUAAAACGCGUGCUUCCAGCCCGAGUGUGGAAGUUGUAACGGCAAAGAUUGGCUCUAGCAUGACGAACGUUCUCGUCGCCGUCGACAAGAUGGACAUACCGACGAUUUCGAUACCCGACGAAGGCUCCAGUGCCGGUGACGAUGCUCUCUGCAAGAUCUGCAACGGGGCGAGACUGGGUCCUUUGAUUCUCCUGGAGUGCCAAGAAUGCCAGGAUGUCUACCAUCCUCUUUGCCAUCAGCCGCCAGUCCUUGACCUUGACAUUUAUGACCCGCGGUUGGUGUGGCAUUGCGCCAAGUGCGUCGAGCUUUCGGAGGCCACGGCGAUCGUCGUCGCUGCAGGGCUUGAAGAUAAGAAAUUUCAAGUCGAUGAGGAGAGGGUCGAUACUCGUUUUGACGAACAGGUGUUAUGA